AUGGCGCAGCCCAGUGCACCCCCUGCCUAUGAUGACAAGAACCCCCUCUACCCCCCACCCCCAGCCGGGUACCCCCAGCCCCCCCACUAUGGGGGGUACCCACAGCCCGGGGGUUACCACCCACAGCCUGGGGGAUACCCUGCACCAGGCGGGUACGCACAACCAGGGGGGUACCCCCAGCCGGGGUUGGCAAUGCCCACCAUGCCCAUGCGGUUUGGUGACAAUGGCAUGGGGGAUGGCUCCCCAUUCCAAUCGGCUGACUGGGAUGACAGGAAAGUCCGGCACACCUUCAUCCGCAAGGUCUAUGCUAUCAUCUCCUUGCAGCUCCUGGUGACGGUGGGGAUCAUCGCCGUAUUCACCUUUGUCCACCCUGUCCGCUCCUUCGUCCAGAGGAAUGUCGCCAUCUACUAUGCCUCAUAUGCUGUGUUCCUGGUGACCUACUUGGUGCUCGCCUGCUGCCAGGGUCCCCGGAGACGCUUUCCCUGGAACAUCAUCCUGCUGAGCAUCUUUACGCUGGCCAUGGGGCUGAUGACGGGGACAAUUGCCAGCAUGUACCGGACCAAUGCUGUCCUCAUUGCCAUGCUGAUCACCGCCAUCGUGGCCAUCAUUGUCACCAUCUUCUGCUUCCAGACCAAGGUUGAUUUUACAUCGUGUCCGGGGCUCUUCUGUGUGCUGGGCAUUGUGGUCAUGGUGACUGGAAUCGUCACUGCCAUCGUCCUCUCCUUCAAAUAUGUCCCCUGGCUCCACAUGCUGUAUGCAGCCAUCGGCGCCAUUGCCUUCACCCUGUUCCUUGCCUAUGACACCCAACUUGUGCUGGGGAACAGGAAGAACACAUUAAGCCCUGAGGAGUACAUCUACGGUGCCCUCACCAUCUACACCGACAUCAUCUACAUCUUCACCUUCAUCCUGCAGAUCGUGGGCCGUGAUUAGCCUGGGACCCCUCCUGUCCCCACCCUGCUGCCCCGCACCCCUUUCUCUGGCCUCUGUACAGGAUACGGCCACUUACCGCGACUCCUAACGCUUUGGCAUCCCUACCCAUAGACUGCUAAGGAAAGGGCUUCCCUUGACCCACCCCCACGAGCCUUCAGGCAGUGCCCAGUCUUAGCACUGCUUGCCAAGGACAUGCCGGCGGUGCCGAGCUGGUAGCAGAGUGCCACGGUCCUGCCUGGGCUCAGGGAGCUCGCAGCAGCACUGGGAUUGUUUUGGGAUAUUUCUGGGAGAGCCCGGUUGGUGUCAUUCACUCUGUGCCUUAAACGUGGCUCAGGCCAUGCCCCAUUCCCAAGCUGUGCCAGUGCCCAGCGCAGGCAGGGGGGGAACCCUGCGGUGGGACUCAUGGCAGAGCUCAUGUCGCCGGGGCCCUGCAGCUGUGGCCGUGGAUGAAGUUGCACUUGCUAAAUAAAACACUUUAAUUUUGCA